AUGAUGAUAUUUAAUUCCAAGUAUAAAGCUACUUGGCUUUCGGAGAUAAAACUAACACCGAAUCCAUUGGUUGUGAAUACAACAUUUAUGAUGAAUAUUUUAAUUGAUCAAGAUGAAAGUUUUAAUAUUUCUUUUGAUGAACAUAUAUUUUUUAAAUAUGAAAAACGUGAAUCAUUAGAUAGUGUGAAACAAAUUAAUAUCUAUGGAAAUAUAACACUUAAAUCAGUUAAAAUUAUUCAUUCAUACAGAGAAAAUAAUUCAAUGAAAACAUUAAUUAUCGGCAUUGCAAUUACAAUCGUUUUAUUAAUUCUUGUUGGAAUGGUUGCUUUUUAUAUUCUACGAAGACAUUGUAUGCAUUCACAGUCUAACAACAGCUCAGAAAAAUAUCAUGACGUGACGAUUAACAGUUUAGGGAGUCAUCGAAGUAAAACAACAGAUAAUUCGAAUGCUACGCAGGCAACCAAUAGUUCAACUAUUUCAUAG